UUUUUCCGUUAACGGUGGGCUGGUUGGUUGGUAUGAUUCCGAUCUUCGGUUGUGUUGUGUCGAAAAAAAUACAGUGAACGCGAAGAAGAAAAUAUGUACUUAAGUUUUGUAUUAUUUUUAGAAUAUUGAGAAAAAAUAAAACAAUAUUCGUUGUACUAAACAACAAAAUACAAAAAUUGAAUGUUAAUGUUGUUGAUUUUUCAUGCAUUUCAAGUUGAAAAUAAAAAAUUAUGCUAGGCAUUUCAUUUAAAAACGAUAAAUUGUUGUGAAAACACGCCGUGAGUUAUGGUCCAAAGAUAAAAAUUCAACAAGAACAAGAAUUUUGAAAUGGAAACGCAAAAAAAAAACCGAAUGAAAUAAAAUGUUAAAAGAAAAGUUUUCGGGGAAGAAAAAUGGAGAAGUGAAAACUACACUGCAAACGAAAUUAUUGUGGAAAUAUUAAAAUUAUAUAAUUAAUUAAUAAAAAGGUGGUGAUAUCGGAAUUUUAAUUUCAAAUAAUAAUUACUACAAAUCAAACUAAAAUGUGUUCAAUGUCAGUGCUGUGUCCAUUGUGCCAUCGCACCAGUUUCUCGAGCAUUGAUGCCUUGCGCUGUAGCCUGAUCAAGGCUGCCAACGGUCCAUUAGCGUGUCCCAUAUGCCAUGAACUAUUUUUGGGUUUGGAUAAAUUGACCAUACAUUUGUUUAGUCACACGAGCAUUAUGAAUGCCAAUGACAGCCCCAGCAAUAACGGCAACGACAAAGAGUCGGAAACAAAAACGACGACCGCUGCCGCCAGAAUAGCUGACAAUAACAAUAAUAAUAAUAACAACAACAACGAAAUAUUAAAAAUCAAACAAGAGGUUACCCCAUCAUCUGCAACAUCAGUAUCGGCAGAGGGGACAGUUUCAAAAACCCCACAACAAAAUAUCACAACAGAGGCCAACAGCAACAACAACAAUCAACAACAGCUGCCACCACCCCCACCAUUAAGGGCGAAUACGAGAAAAUCCAAGGUGGGAAAAUCGGAGACCAAGAAAAUUAGUAAAAAAUUACAGGUGGCCAUACUGAAUGAAACGGAGCUAACGGAGGCAGCCAAUACACUGGUGGGCCCCGAUGGCAGAGUCAUGGUGAAUGAUACCUCCACAUCCUUGGCCACUUGUGAUAUUUGUGAAUUCACCUUUCGCAAUGCAGAGUUAAGGGAUAUGCAUGUUCGAUUGGUGCAUCAGAACUUCAUCUACAAUACUCCAUCAUCCGCCAACUGCAGUGCAAAUCCCCAGCAAACGGAACCCGAUUUCAAAUGCCAUUUAUGCUCAAAAGUAUUCAAAAUGAAAGGUUCGCUGAGGGUACAUUUGAAAGUGGUACAUCUCAUGGGUUUGCCCUAUGUAAAUAAUAUACCCAAAUUGGAUAUUUGUGAGCGAAUACGUCACAAAGAGAAUAAGCAAAUAAAAGCGUCCACAAGUUCCGGCCAGUCGCAGGAUAUGCCUACAACAAGUAAUAACUCAUUAAAUCAAAGUGAAAAGAAUAUCUAUAAUUUACCUCAAACAAUACUACCCGCAUCGGCUGUGUUUUCCUCAACCCUGCCAACCAUGGCCGCUUCCAUAGACAGCUCAGGAUCUUUGGGGAAUUUGAGUUUGAUAAACAUUACACCAACGGCUGAGUUUGUUCCAGCAGCCGCCAUAAGUAAUUCCACUGCGCUUCCAGCAUCCAAUGUACUUUUAGUAUUUAAUCACAGCAACCAGUGUCCUUCCAUGCCAGCGAAUACAACGAGUAACACCAGCAAUUUGGACAAAGAUAAAUCUUCACAAAUGAAUUCCAGCAUAGCUCCCACCUCCAGCAACAACACCACCACCACCAUAACUUUAAAUACAUCAUCCUCUGAUAAUCCCAAAAUCUGGGAAUGUGAUGUCUGUUCGAAAGCAUUUACCACAAAAUAUUUUUUGAAGAAACACAAGCGUUUACAUACAGGUGAAAUGCCAUAUACAUGUGAGACGUGCGGUCGCAGCUUUACCUUUCAACAAUCCUAUCACAAGCAUUUACUCUAUCACAGCGAUGAAAAGAAACAUGUCUGCGGUACCUGUGGUCGAGCUUUCAAAGAACUCUCAACGCUGCACAACCACGAGAGAAUCCAUAGUGGUGAAAAGCCAUUUAAGUGUGAUGUUUGUGGUAAAAGUUUUCGUCAACGUGUCUCGUUUCUUGUGCACACUCGGAUACAUACCGGCGUUAUGCCCUAUAAAUGUGAAUUUUGUCAGAAAAGUUUUCGCUACAAGGUGUCACAGCGGACCCACAAAUGUCAGCCCUUGGGCAAUGGAGAAUCGAACCCCGAAAAUGCCAAUGAUGCAGCUGCUACAUUAGAUCAUAUAUCGGUGAAUUUCAUAAAAGCCUUUUUGGAAAAUUCAACAAAUACAAAUAAUUUACAAAUACAACAACAGCAACAACACGAACAUUCGUUACAACAAAAUUCUCCAGCCAGCAAUGAAAUUUCCGCAAUCAAUGAUAAACUUCUGCCACCGGCCACAACACCAUUACCACCAACCCAAUCGCCUGGGUCUACAUUAAAUGAACAUCAGGCUUUGUUGACCAAAGCCAUUGAUGACAUUGUUGUGGAAUCAUGUAAUAAAUUAGGUAUUGGCAAAAAUGCCAACGAUCAGCAUCAAUAUUCAUCACCUGUGCAGAGUGUGGCGCAUGAUGACGGAUCCAUGUCACCAUCUCAGAAACUUCAAAACAUGCGUUUAUAUUCUCCACAAUUGGCGGUGAACACAAAUAGUCCAAGUGACAUGAAUGGCAUUGGAGUGGAGGGAGAUUUAACGAGAUUUUUCUUGGAAAACUCAUCUGUGGAACAGAAUAUUUUAUAGCAAAAAUAGGAUGGUUUAAAUGUUUUGUGUUAGUUUUCAUUUUGCAGUUCAAGUGAUAUUAAAUAAAUGUUUUAUUAAGAAUUUGUU